CUCCGUUAUUCCGCUGCAUGGGUUUGCAACCUAAUUUUUUGCACUAGUUUAGCAGUGCAGUUACAAAGAACAGACCUUUAAAUUAUAUCGUGUAGAGAUUUUCCUUGGUACCAACAUUAUCCCCUCUACUUUUCCGGAAAUUGUCGCCUAACCUCUCUUGGCUUUAGGUUCGUUGUGUGCAGCCUUCGUAAUUGGAUUUUGGAAAAAAAGUGUUAAGACCUGUGCAAACCAUAACUAUGGCGGACGUUUUGGACAUUGAUAAUGCCGAGGAAUUCGAAGUCGACGAUGAAGGCGAUCAGGGUAUUGCUCGUCUUAAAGAGAAAGCGAAGAGAAGGAAAGGUAGAGGUCAUGGUGCCGAGUUAGUAUCAACAAGAGAUGAUGUUGGGCAUUAUGAAUCUAUGAAUUUGGUUGAAGAAGAUGAUAAUGAACCUGGUCCUCAAAGAUCUGUGGAAGGAUGGAUUUUGUUCAUAAAUUCUGUGCAUGAAGAAGCACAAGAAGAUGACAUUCAGGACAAAUUCUCUGAGUUUGGCCAGAUCAAAAACUUACACUUGAAUUUGGACAGAAGAACAGGAUUUUUAAAAGGUUACGCAUUGGUAGAAUAUGAAACUUUUAAGGAAGCUCAAGCUGCAAAAGAAGCUUUGAAUGGUACAGAAAUCUUGGGACAGGCUAUUUCUGUUGAUUGGUGUUUUGUAAAAGGACCAAAGAAGAUCAGAAAAAGAAGUCACCGAAGGCGAUGAGUCCCAUAAUAUAUGCCCAAACUAUAAUUAUUAUCAUUAUUGUGUGUGACUAAAGCACUUCUAUAAAAAAAAAAUUUUAUAUUUGAUAAGCAUUCUGUAAAUUCUUAAUAGAAAUCAUUUCUGACAAGAUUAACUUUAUAUGUAGUGAUAGAAAUGUAAGAAUUUCGUGCAGAUAAUCAAUAAAUAAAGGAUAUCAUAUA